UGUUGUUGUGUCCUGACACUGAGCUGGAACAGCCAUCACUAGUGAAAUGAAGACCUCAAGUGUAUGAGGAUGUUUCGACUGCGAUGUGUGAACCCCUGCCUCAGAAGGCUGCUCCAUCUGGGUGCAGUAAACAGAGACCAGGUCCUGGAGGGGCUACAAGUUUGCUCCUCUGAAGACCAGGUGUUUGACGUGGUGAGCAAGAACAAAGCCAAGCUGACUGUGGACCAUGUGAGCUGUGCUGUGAAGCUGCUGUGGCAGUUUCAGAAAAAUAGACCUGAACUGAUCCGGAACAUCGACCACACCAACAGUCACCCACAGUUUCACGUGCUCAAGAGUCUGGCAGAGAACCAAAUCACUCUAAUGGACGAUUUAAUGUUGGUGGACACGAUGUAUGCUUUCUUCAGGCUGAAUGUAGAACCACACAAGACUCUCUUGCAGCAGAUGGUUUCAGAAGUAUGGCUAAGAAUAGACAGAUUGCCAAUGUCAUCUCUGUCCAAGUUUGCUGUCAUGUUAACCUAUCAGCACCAUUUUAACAGUCCUUUAAUGGGUCGAAUUGCCAGCAUUUUGGAUCAGAAGUUGUACAGUAUUGAUGAAAUCAGAGUCCUCGCGCCUCUGAUGAACAGCGUGUCAAAUCUCGUGUCUCCCCGGCUGCAGGAUGCUCUGAUGAGCAGGUUGAAUCAGCUCCUGAACACCGGGGAUUCCUUGAAAUACAGCACCCUGCGCAAGGCGUUUAAUUUCAUGUACAUCACCAAGUACAUAGACCAAUCUCUGCUGGAGAAGUACAACAAGAUCUUCUUGUGCGAAAUCUCCAUCAUGGAUGUGGAGAUGAUCAGCAUCAUUAUGAAUAUGUAUCAGAAACUCCACUUCAAAAACUAUGACUUCAUACUUGCUGCUAAAGAAAGACUGACCGAGCUGAUGGACACCAGCACUGACCCGUUCUCCUUCUGUAAACUGUUUGUCACUCUGGCUCCCAUUGCUAGUACGGAGGUCAGAGGAAGGUUAGAGGGCAUGGCCCUCCUGUUGGCAGAUGAGUUCAGUGCUCGACAAAUCUUGGCUAUAACAGAAGCGCUGGCGAAAAUUAAGAGUAGAAACUUUAGUUUACUGAACAAAAUUGGGUUGCUUAUCCAAAAGGACCUUCAUGCCUACAAUUCAGUGGACAUUGCCAAAAUCACCCAGGCCCUUAUUUGUCUGCAUUAUCAGAACUCCCAGCUCUUUGCUGUAUUAAGAACGGUUUUGCUCAGAUUUUUGCAGAGCGCAUUCUACCCGUCGGUGGUGGCCAAGCUGAUUCAAGUUCUGUCCAUGCUGCCCUCCCCGUGGCUCAUUGAAGGCGUGGUCUCGCGGGUGGACGAAGUGAUCCCACAGUGCAACCUCAGCGACCUCAUCAUCAUCUCUGUCGCCGUUUCCAAGCAGGUCCAAAAUGAUCCUUUUUACUGCCAUAACACUCACAGCAAAUACAUCAGGCUGCUGCAGAGGCUGAGCCACUGCAGCCGCGAGAGACUGCAGACCGCCGACCAGCUUGACUUGGUGCUGUACAACCUGAAAUCCGUCUCAGGGGCGUGGUUCAGGGAGAUGCUGGUCGAAGACACCAUCAUCACACUCAAUAGGAUGAUAGAUCAAAUCAACUGGAACAACGUGUCUGAAUGUGCCUUUUUCCUAGCCAAAAUGGACUACCUCCACCGUCCUCUGUUGGACAGAAUUGCCAGUGUGGCUGUGGAGCACAUCGACAAGAUUCACUUCUCAGCAGUGUAUGACACCCUGCUACCUUUUUCUCACUUGAACUAUGAACCGGCACAGGCAGAAGAACUCUAUGAUGCUUGCAUUAAACAUUUCACGCCUCACAUAAGCGCCUUUGACCCACGUUCGCUGGUCUUACUGGCGUUUUCCUUGGCAGUAGCUGGUCAUUUUCCUGAAGAACUAGUCAAAGAAAUCUUCAGCGUUGACUUUCUGAGAAAACUGGAUGGCCAGUUGGACAGCCUGUCCUACGUCAUUGCUGUGCGGAUACGACAGACGCUCAUGGAACUGAACCGUGCUCUGUGCCUCGAGUGUCCUCAGUUUCAGGUACCGUGGUUCCAUGAGCACUACUGUCAGCAGCUGAAAAGGAAAGGGAACGGCACCGUCAGUCCUGUACAACAACAAAUCCACAAAAUGCUGGGUGAAGUCCUCGGAGGAAUUAACUUUGUUCAAGUAGCUGUUGUCACUCCAUAUUUUUGCACUGUUGACUUCGAAUGCAAACUGGACAAAUACUCGCAGCCAUUAUGCUACUGGGAGCCAAGCAGCCUGCUGAUCUCAAGCAAAGGAAAGGAUUUCAGGAAUUCAGGUUCACCAAGAAACAUCCGAGACGAGCUGCCACCAGGAGCUCAGUGUGUUGCUGUCGACUUUCUUGAUUCACGGUUUUUCUGCAAAAAUUCUCAUCACAUAAAAGGAAACGCUUUGAUGAAAAAAAGACACCUUGAGAUUCUGGGAUACCGUGUUAUACAGAUUCCUCACUUUGAGUGGAACUCCAUGGAGCUUUCAACACACGACGCAUGGAAAGAUUAUCUCAGAAAGAAGAUAUUUGGUUAG